UAAUUUGUUGUCAAUUGUAUAAUUAAGGAGCACAUGUUAAAUGUCUCUUCUAAGCUGGUUGAGUUUGUUGUGAGUUGUUGUAGCUGUUACAACUGUUAUUAAUCAGUUGCAGGGUCCCUAUGGUGAUGUGUGUGCUGCUACAGUCUGCUAUAAAUGGCUAGGAGCUAUAGUUUCCUCGUUAAGUUGAUUAUCUUGACAAUAUUUGCUUCAAUCCAAUCCAACUAUGGAGUAAACUAGAAGUGAGAACUUUUUGGCCCAAUUGAUAUAAUUGCCUUGGGCUUCUUGGGCCGCUCCUGUCUUCAACCGAACACAUAAUAGGUGUGUUGCAACUUGCAAUACAAAAGAACAGAGAAUUUAUAUUCAUUUUCCUUUUUGUUACAUUUAUGCAUGUAUGGUUAGGAUUAUGGCAAAAGAGAGCCUUUAUCCCAAAGUUUCCAUUUUCCUCCAAUGACGUCAAUAUAGUAUAUGUUCAUCCUAAAAUUCUCCCAGCCCUGAGAUGUGAAUGUUCCCAAGGAAUAUUUGUUUGUAGGGUAAGCAGAUGUAGAAUUCUAAGGAAUCAAUUCCCUUCCCAAACAAACUUGCUUCAUAUCUUCCAACGUAAAUUUCAUGUUUUCUACAUCUUUAUUAUUUUAAUGGAGAGAAAAUCGUCAACUUGUCCAAAAGGUUGCUGCUCCAAACAGAAAUGGCUAACAACAUGGUAACAUAACAAUGAAGGAAAACCAACCCAAAGCCCUUUGCAUAAGGCAAUCCUCCAAAGCCUAAAAACUAUAGACUUGAACUACAAGACAAUCAAAUCUCUAAUGCCAAGAAUUCUCUUCUUCCACCCUUGUAUUAUCUCCUUUUCUUUCCCAUCUUCCAUCCCCCAUUUAUACCAGGAUUCACAAUCUCAAUCCACAUCACCCAAAAAAAAACUUGAAACCAAAAACCAGUAAACUUGCAGAAAAAUGGAGGGUUUUAUUCCAUGCCAAGAAGGGUCAGCAGAAAUUGUGUUUUUCGACAUAGAAACUACAGUACCCAACAGAACCGGUCAAAGGUUCUGUGUAUUGGAGUUUGGUGCCAUUGUAGUAUGUCCAAGGAACCUGGUUGAGCUAGAGAGUUAUAGUACCCUGAUAAAGCCCAAGGACUUGUCUGUUGUUGCAUUGAGGUCCGGCAGGUCUGAUGGGAUAACUAGAGAUGCUGUUGCAAACGCACCUGGAUUUGAAGAAGUUGCUGACAAAAUAUUCAACCUUUUGAAUGGUAGGGUUUGGGGGGGUCAUAACAUUCAGAGAUUCGAUUGUGUUCGUAUUAAGGAGGCCUUUGCUGACAUUGGUAGACCACCUCCUGUACCUGUUGGGAUCAUUGAUUCUUUAGGUGUCCUCACUGAGAAGUUUGGCAAAAGAGCUGGUAACAUGAAGAUGGCAAGCUUAGCUACUUACUUUGGACUUGGGCAACAAAAACACAGGAGCCUGGAUGAUGUUCGUAUGAAUUUAGAGGUUCUAAAACAUUGUGCAACUGUGCUGUUUUUGGAAUCAAGCCUCCCAAGCAUAUUGAAUAGGAGUUGGCACAGUCCCUCAACAAUAACGACAAGAAGUAGAAGCAGUGCAGGGAAAUUGACAUGCAAGGAAGAAACCAGCAGAAAAUCACCAACUUAUCAAAGAACAGUUCCCUACACAAGGGAAAGUUUGGGAAAGAUGACAGAAAGAGUGAAGAAUCUAUUGUGUAAAGCACGAGGAAGCCAGCCUAUCAACAACUUGCUCAAGCAUUCUCAUUCAGUGCUCAGAUGAAUCAAAAUUUCACAUUAUUGCUGAUCUGGAAGAACAAAGAUUAAAGGAUGAUAUAUCAUCCCUUCCAUCUUCAAUAUUAGCAUCAAGCAUAAAAGGGUCUUUCCCUAGCUUAUUGAUUUCAUGAAUUUAUCUCAUAAUUCAAUAUGAGAAUUUGGGGGACACCCUUUUUUGUGGAUUAUUCAUUUAUUAUUUGUAACAUUCAUUUCAAUUAAUCAAUUGAAUUCAGAUUUAAA